AUGACCAAAACCGCAUCAGUUCUGUUCGUCCUGAUUGGCAGUGCGAUCGCCCAGAUCAGCAGAACAUGUGUAGAUAUUGCAUUUGACCCCAAGACCAAUGUCCUCUCAGGUCGCUGUCAGCCUCGCGACAAUUCAGGCUACCUUCCAUCUGGCCUGGACCUCAACCAAUGCUUCGGAUAUGACGGGACCGAAAUAACCCCAACCUAUCAUGGUAAUUUCGGCACAAGCUGCGGUGACUGCGAGCUGUUCAUAGCCCCUGACCCAUACUAUGGCGGUGCUAUUUACUGGAUUAAGUGCACCUGCAAGGGCCAGACUGGCAAGGUCUCUGUUCCCUUAGAGGAUGCAGUUGCCCACGAAUAUGUAUCUAAUAAGAAUGGACAAUUGUUGUGCUAG